AUGUCUUCAUCAAAUGCUACCAUUUUGAAUGAAAUUAAUACACUUAAUCGUUUAAGUAGUCAACUUACUAUUUGGGGGGAUGUCGUAUUCUUUAUAUUUGGCAUUAGUGGUAAUUUAUUAAAUAUUUAUGUUUUUACACAACGAUCUUUAAGAAGAAAUCCAUGUGCAAUGUAUUUUCUAUCAUCAACAAUAGCAUGCUCUAUAUUUUAUUUUGUUAGUAUGCCUUUUCGAAUACUUCAAUAUGGAUUCAAUAUUGAUCCAACUUAUUAUUUAUUGGGAUUUUGUAAAAUAGAAUAUUAUAUCACAUUUCCAACGAGAGCAUUAGCAUCGUGGUUUCUUGUUCUUGCUUGUAUAGAUCGAUUUCUACGCAGUUCACCCAAUAUUACUUAUCGACAAUGGAGUAGUUUUAAAGUUGCUUCCUAUACAAUUCCAAUUACGAUUCUAUUAGUUUUUAUAGGUUAUAUACAUAUACCUAUUUUUUAUACAAUCAAUGGAAUUCCACCUAUAUGUGCUGGUCAACCGGGUUUUUAUAGAAUAUUUCUUGGUUUUUGGCAUGUAAUUAUUUAUGGGUCAGGACCCCCCUUUCUUAUGUUUGUCUUUUCUGUUCUUACUAUUCGACAUGUUAAACAUCGAAGAAUAGCUCCUUCUAUAAAUCAAGCAAAUCAAGCUGAAAGGACUUUGUAUAAAGAAAAAGGUUUGCUUCGUAUGGCUUUAGUUCAAUGUUUAUGUAUUGGUUUAACUACAACUUUAUUUUCAAUUAGUCAGCUAUAUGUUUCAAUAACAACAGGUUAUUCGAAAAGUAAUCUUCAAUUAGCAAAAGAGAAUUUAUUUCUAGUACUUGGUGGACUUAUUUCAACCGGUGGUCAUGGUACAACAUUCUAUUUAUAUACAGCAACAAGUCGAAUGUUUAGACAACAUUUAUUUCAUGGACGUCAUGCAAGGUUAUAG